AUGCCUGUAAGCGAAGCUGAGGAGGGCACUACUAGUCAGUACGUGAAGGAGGAUGUGGAGCCAAAGCCAGCUGAUGAUGGCAAUGAGGAGGAGUAUACUAGCAGCGAUAUCAUCGAUGGUGAGGAUGAUGAGGACAAUGACAGCGAUUCGUCGAGCUCAGAGGAGGGCGUUUCUGAGGAUGGACCAGUUGUUGACAGAGGAUCUGGUACUGCCGUAGAAAAGAGUGUGUCCGAGCAGCUAGAACUGGAAGGCGACGAGUCCGGCCAGGCAGAUGACGAGUCGGAGGAAGCUGACGAGGUGGCCAUUGAAUCUGACGACGGCUCCAAGGCAUCUCACCAGCAGCACCAGCAGCACCAGCAGUUAGAGAACCAAGGUGGCGAACAAGUAGAUGACGAGUCAGAGGUUGCCGACGAGGUAGCCGUGGACUCUGACGAGGAAUCUGGCGAGGGGUCUCAAGUUCUGGGUCAGCAUCACAGGCGGCCGGCAGACAGCUUGGAAUACGAGCUGACAGGACUGGCUGACGAGUCCGAUGAUAUUAUGUCGGAGGACACGCCGAUUGCUGAAGUCGAUCUGCAAAUGCCUCUGGUUGAUGACAGUACAGCAGCGAGUGAUGGAGACGAUAUGGAGGACUGGAACUAUGAGGGCCUGCAUACAUCAGCAGACUUGGCUGUCCUGGACUACAUGUCUGCGCGUAUUAUCGAGACUGUGAUGCGUGCGUCCGUGGUGUCGUCGCCCAUGCCCCCUCUGCGGGGUACACCAGCCACGCUGCAGAGGCGGCAGCUUGGUUGCUUGGCUCGCGAGCAUGUCCUGUUCCGUAGGCACCAUUUCACCCGAUCUCUGUUCCUGGGCAGCAGCGAGCAGCCCGAGGAUGAGCCGGACAUCCUCCGCUGGAUCGCGAGCAUGCAGCGGGUCAAUCUGGCGACAUUCCUCCUGCUGGUGUUUGCACCUCAGGCAGCCAUUCCCGAGGCAGUGAGCGACACCGUACCAAAUCGCAAGGGUGUCGUGCAGAGUCGCGGAAUGGGAGAAGCAGCGGCCGGGUUCUUUGAGAAUAUCGUACCGGUAAAUCGGCGAAACACUAAGGCAUUCGAGCUGCUGGUGGAGCUGCAGACGCAGCAGUGGGUGCUGGGCGCGCUGAAUGAGGCUGAACUGCAAAGGAUUGUCAGGGAGCAGCGGGCUGUUAGCGAUGUCGAUCUGGCAGUGCUGUUGGCAGCUGGUGAGGAUUCGCAAGGACCAGAAACACGUGAUGUGGAUCAGUACCGGGCUGUCCUGGCUCAGCGUCUGAGCAAGCUAUCGGGGAGCACGCUGGCUGGCGCACGCGCCCUCUUUGGCCGGGAAGCGGUGCUUCGGCAAGUUGCAGCGUUUGUUCAGCAGUGUAGUGGUGCUCUUCCGCAACCAGUAUUGCUUGGCUUGGGAGAUGCGGCGCAUCGGGAUGAUGUUGAGUCGGCAGGCGAGUAUACAGUUGACACGAGUGCAGCGGGCAGGUCGAGUAAUAGCGGAUCGAUUGAGGGCGAUUUUGAGGUUGCGAUUGUCAAACCAAAAGAGAAGCCAGCUCCUGAAACAAGCAACAGGGCUGGUAGCGUACCAGAAUGGCAGCCCAACCGAGACGCUGCGUCUGGGUUUCUGGAGACACGGAAGGUGGCCUCGGCAAUCCGUCAGAUGUCUGGCGACCCAUUCUUGAACGAGGUCAUUAAGAGGGCUGAGCCCAUCCAUAUUGAGCCGAUCAGCGAACUGCCUCGAGACCGGCAGCCCGGAUGGACAUCGACGAUGCUGCGCGAGCUGGAGCAGACACGCCAAAAGUUCAACCGCACUGUCUGCGAUCCGUUGCCAAAAGUGCUGCGUGAUCUUGACCAGAAACCCCAGGAACAAGGCCAGUUCAAUCUAGACAAGGGCGACGACGAUGAGGAGGAGGAGGACGUGGAGGUGUCUGAGCAGGAUGUGCCAGUUAUCUCUCCGAGGUCAAAGUACUCCCUGCGGAGCCGUCAGCCGCAGACGGGUCGUAGCGAGUCUAUAAGCGCGAAUCCCAGUGCUCGCACGCUGACGAAGCGGCCUCGCCAAGAGAGUCCAUGCGGGCCUGACACACCCGAGGCCACCCUCGACACGGUCCGGCGACCGCCCAAGCGCGGCCGAGCGCCAGAUUAUCGGCACGCACAGCAUGACAGAGCUGGCACCCAGUUCCGUGGGCGGCGUGGCAUUGCCGCUGAGGACCUGAGCGGUGACCAUGAAGUGCUGAACCCGGUCGGAUUCACGCCAUCGCCGCCAGCAUCGCCUGAACGCUCUGACACUGGGAACCCGGCGAACGGUAGCACAGCAGCGGCCAACGAAUCAGGCAAUGAGGCGCCACCGCGGUACGGUCAUUAUCGGCCGCUGAAACUGGCGGUACACAGGGCUGCUUCACUGCGCCAGCCCCGCCAGACUCGCCGGUCACCCCGCCAGGCCAUCAGCGAAUCUGACAGCUCUUCCGAGGAUUUGGCGGUGCAGCGCAGGAGGCACCAGAAGCAGGGCUACCGGUACUGGACCGCCGAGGAGGAGGCGUGCUUCAUCCAGGCGGUGGGCGAGUUUGGGUACAAGUGGACCCGGAUCCUGAGGCACCACGGCAAGGACGGCAUAGCCGACCAGAUCCUGCGGAACCGCACCACUGUCAACCUGAAGGACAAGGCGCGCGACAUCAAGCAAAAGCUGCAGCGCGAGGGCAAGCCGCUCGGCCCGUUCGCCCGUGCCUCGCGCCGCCACUGAAGCUGGCUUCAUAGCUUGCUUUUGACUCAGAGGAACGGCGCGGAAAGCCGCACGUUUUCCAUUGUGUUGUUUUUGAAACGAGUAGAACACUCUUUCCAGAC